AUGGCCUUACCACAAAGAGUGCAGCCAGGCAGCCAUGUCUUCUCAUCGUCGCCAGCAUUCGGCACUCCUCUCCAUCCCCUCCCAAAUGGCAUCCAACGAGCGCCUCCGCCUCCGCCAGCAUUCAAGCCGCAGAUAGCGACCAUACUCCCCAUCCUGCUACCGCCUCCGACAUUACGACCGCUAGCUUUCAGGACAUUCACCAAGAAGCACAACCUCACCCUCAACGCCUCGGCGUUACAAGGACUGGCCACUUUCAUAGGCCGACACUGUGGCUCAUCAUGGCGAGAAGAAGGCACGGGCGAGAAAGUUCUGGAGGAAGUGGCCAAGAUCUGGAAGGCGGAGAAUGGCCCAGUCAUUGUGGAGGAUGGCGACAGACUGCAGGCCAUCUUGAAGACGCUGGAAGGCUGUAUGACAGGAGGCCGAAUCGGCCCAGCCAAGAGUGGAAACAACCUCAGCAGACAGGCCAGUUUUGCAUUUGGGAAUGAUAGUGCGGUGGACCUCGGAGAUGGUAGUAGAAGGCCGAGCCUUCAUCGUGAAGGCAGCAGCUUUGGGCUUGGCGGGCUCAAGGUUGACUCGCCUGCACCAGAAGAGCACGAAGAGGCCAGCAAGGAUCCACGGAGUUGGUUGAACGUCGUCUCUGCAUUUGAGCAACCGAGAUUCACUUACCAUGUCGACAAGAAGCACUUUCUCUCGAUAUCGGCCAAGCCCACCAUGUUUCCUGCUCCCGCCCACAAGACAGCCAUCUUCAAGGAGCGAUACAACAUCAUCCACCAAAGACUGCUGCGAAAUCCAGCUUUUCAAGCACCAUCGACAUCGACGGUACAGCCGAAACUGUCGAGAAGAGCCAAGAACUCGGCGCUUGAACGACAGUUCUAUAAAAUCACGCCUAUCGCCAAUCUGCUUGGACGAGGAAGCACUUCACAUCUUCUGCUGGGUAUGCUAGUUAUUGCACCGACAGGCACAUUAGCGUUGAACGAUCCGAGUGGAAGCAUCAGUCUAGAUUUACAGCACGCGGGCUCGAUGCAAGAAGGGGAACCAUACUUCUGCCCUGGUAUGAUCGUGCUUGUCGAUGGCGUGUACGAAGAAGACUGGGCUGGUGCUGGAUCGAGUGGACUUGGCAAUACAGGAGGUGUCGGUGGGACAAUUGGAGGCCGAUUUGUUGGAUUUGAGAUUGGUGGACCGCCUGUCGAGAAGCGUGAUCUCGCACUUGGCAUCAACGUUAAAGCUGAAGACCUUGGAGGAGGCUUUGGCUGGACAGACUUCCUCGGUCAGGGGUCAGAGCGCGCAAUUGGCAGUAGAAUGAGACGGCUCGAACAGCGACUGAUUGGGUCCGAGGCAGAGCUGUCAAGCGAUGCGGAAAGGAAGAUCGUCAUGAUCUCCGAGCUGAACCUGGACAACCCUGUCAUCCUCUCAGGCCUACGGGAAGUGCUUGAGCAAUACGCUGCGAAUGACCAACCACCCAUGACAUUUGUGCUCAUGGGAGACUUCUCUAGCAAAGCAGCCAUGGCUGGCUCUGGUACAGGGUCGAUCGAGUACAAAGAGCUAUUCAAUGAGCUUGCAGCUGUCAUGGCCGACUUCCCAACCCUACUACGAAAGAGUACUUGGGUGUUUGUGCCUGGUGACAAUGAUGCUUGGGCAUCGUCAUUCAGUGCAGGAGCUGGCACGGUUGCACCCAGAGCGGGCGUGCCUGACCUCUUCACCAACCGGAUAAAGCGCGCUUUCGCUACAGCAAAGACCGAAGGCAGCGCCCUCAAAAAGGAGGAGUCUGACGGCGAGGCCAUAUGGACCAGCAAUCCUGCACGGCUCAGCAUGUUUGGACCCGCACAUGAGGUAGUCCUGUUCAGGGACGACAUUGCAGGUCGAUUGCGGCGGAACGCGGUUCGGAUUGGUCAAGCUGCGAAAGCAGAAGGACAACAACCACAACCUGCAUCGGCCGAAGGUGAGGAUAUCAUAAUGUCAGGUGCUUUGCCGUCGACAGAAGAUGUGCUGGAGGCAGACUCUCAGUUGACUGACGGAACGGUGUUGGACUCGCCCAUGGUCGAAGUACCAGUGAGCGAACCUUUCGGCAUCCAAGAGGCAAAACGCCUGAUCCUGUCGCUGUUGCCACAAUCGACACUUUCACCGUUCCCGCUUACAGUGCGACCCACUCACUGGGACUAUACUGCAUCAGCAUUGUCGCUCUACCCAUUGCCGCAUACACUAGUAUUGGCUGACGCUGAAAGCCCUCCGUUCGCCCUCACGUUCGAAGGGUGCCAUGUGAUCAACCCUGGAAGACUGGUGGAAGGUGGUGGUAGGCGCAAGAAGGUGCAAUGGGUAGAAUAUGAUGCAUGGGCAAAGCGAGGAAUGCUGAAAGAGUUGUAUAUGGGGUGA